CGUCCUAGGCUGAGGAGAGUUGGGAAGACGCGAGUGCAGGCGGCGAGGGAGUGGCCUAACGCCGCCGGCUUUUACCACCCUCGCUUUUUCCUUGCCUCGCUCGGCUGUGCAUUUCUUUUUUUCUUUUCCUUUUUCCUCCCUCUCGAGUGUGGGAAUUGUUGGUGAACGAAAGUGCAGCUUCAAGAUGGCUGAUGGCAACGAGGAUCUGCGGGCGGACGACAUGCUCGAGAGCUAUGAGUCCUUGGAGCUCGCCUGUCCCGCAGAGCGCAGCGGCCACGUAGCGGUCAGCGACGGGCGCCACAUGUUCGUCUGGGGUGGCUACAAGAGUAAUCAAGUCAGAGGAUUAUAUGACUUUUAUCUGCCUAGAGAAGAACUAUGGAUCUACAACAUGGAGACUGGAAGAUGGAAGAAAAUGAACACUGAAGGUGAUGUUCCUCCUUCUAUGUCAGGGAGCUGUGCUGUGUGUGUAGACAGGGUGCUAUACUUGUUUGGAGGACACCAUUCAAGAGGCAAUACGAAUAAGUUCUACAUGCUGAAUUCAAGAUCUACAGACAGAGUAUUACAGUGGGAAAGAAUUGAUUGCCAAGGAACUCCUCCAUCAUCAAAGGACAAACUUGGUGUCUGGGUGUAUAAAAACAAGUUAAUUUUUUUUGGAGGGUAUGGAUAUUUACCUGAAGAUAAAGCACUGGGAAAUUUUGAAUUUGAUGAAACAUCUUUUUGGAAUUCUACUCAUCCAAGAGGAUGGAAUGAUCAUGUACAUAUUUUAGACACUGAAACGUUUACCUGGAGCCAGCCUGUAACUACUGGUAAAGCACCUUCACCUCGUGCUGCCCACGCCUGUGCAGCUGUUGGAAACAAAGGCUUUGUGUUCGGAGGCAGAUACCGAGAUGCUAGAAUGAAUGACCUUCACUAUCUUAAUCUGGAUACAUGGGAGUGGAAUGAAUUAAUUCCACAAGGCAUAUGUCCAGUUGGCCGAUCUUGGCACUCACUCACACCAGUUUCUUCAGAUCAUCUUUUUCUCUUUGGAGGAUUUACCACUGAUAAACAGCCACUAAGUGAUGCCUGGACUUACUGUAUCAGUAAAAAUGAAUGGAUACAGUUUAAUCAUCCCUACACUGAAAAACCAAGGUUAUGGCAUACAGCUUGUGCCAGUGAUGAAGGAGAAGUAAUAGUUUUUGGUGGGUGUGCCAAUAACCUACUUGUCCAUGACAGAGCUGCACACAGUAAUGAAAUACUUAUAUUUUCAGUCCAACCAAAAUCUCUUGUAAGGCUAAGCUUAGAAGCAGUUAUUUGCUUUAAAGAAAUGCUCGCCAACUCAUGGAAUUGCCUUCCAAAACACUUACUUCACAGUGUUAAUCAGAGGUUUGGUAGUAACAACACUUCUGGAUCCUAAGGCCUCUUAUCACAUUGCAUGGACAGUAAUUCUGUAAACAUUGGAAUGGUAUCAUUUGUAUAAUUGUAUGCAUUGUAGUUUGCAAUAUUAUUUUAAAUGUGCAUGUGAAUGGCCUAGAGAACCUAUUUUUGUGUCUGAGAAGUUUAAAUGUAUUUAAUACCAA